AUGUAUUACUCUGACAGCAAAGUAGUGCUGGGGUAUCUGUCGAAUGAGCGCCGACGUUUUUAUGUAUAUGUAUGCAACCGUGUCUCCAGGAUACGUAAGAGUUCUUCUCUACACCAAUGGAAUUAUGUAACAACAGAUGAAAACCCUGCUGAUCAAGGAACUCGUGGACUUUUGCCAGAACAACUCGGUGAUAGUUUGUGGUUAAAGGGACCAGACUUCCUCAAAGUAAAUACAAGCAAUUUCCAGAAUGAGACAUUUUCUUUGGUGAACCCAGAUCAAGAUAGUGAAGUACGACCAAAGAUAGUGACCCUUAAGACUGUAUCAGUAUCAACCAAGCCAACUUUAGGAACAUCACGUUUCAGUCGUUUUGGUAGUUGGUUGAGCCUUGUGAGGGCCAUUACCUUCAUCAAGAAAUGCAUCAGGAAGAAAGCAGGGAAAGUGGAUGAAAUAUCUCGUCGAGAAACUGAGAUGUUGAUCAUUAAAGAGGUUCAACAGCAGUAUUAUCAGAAAGAACUAUGCGCAUUACGUGCAGGAAAACCCCUUCCAAAAGACAGUACAAUUCUGACUCUGUCUCCUUACCUUGAUGACGGUUUGCUACGAGUUGGUGGACGAAUCAAAUUGUCGGACUUACCUGAAGGGGAGAAGACACCCAUCCUUAUACCUGGCAAGAGCCAUGUUGCCCGACUAUUGGUUCAUCAUCAUCAUGAGAAAAUCUACCACCAAGGGCGUCAUCUGACAGAAGGUGCUAUACGAAGUGAGGGCCUAUGGAUCUCUGGAGGGAAACGCUUGGUGUCAUCAAUCAUUCAUCACUGCGUGACCUGCUGCAAGAUGAGAGGGAAGCCAUUAUGUCAGAAAAUGGCUGAUCUUCCUAAAGUCCGCCUUACAAGGUCAGCACCCUUCACCUUUGUUGGUGUGGAUGUUUUUGGCCCGUGGAGUGUCAUCACGAGACGAACAAGAGGGGGCAGCGCACACUCAAAACGUUGGGCGGUGUUGUUUACCUGUUUGUAUAGCAGAGCAGUCCACAUCGAGGUCAUUGAGGAGAUGACCUCGUCUUCUUUCAUCAACGCCUUAAGAAAGUUUGUUGCAGUUCGUGGUGCGGUCUCUGAAUUCAGGUCAGAUAGAGGGACAAACUUCGUGGGGGCUGCUGCUGAGCUGCAGAUGAAUGUAGUGAACGUGGAAGACCACAAUCUGAAGACAUUUCUUGCAGACAAGAGGACUGUAUGGAGGUUUAAUCCUCCCCACGCAUCCCAUUUUGGAGGCACAUGGGAAAGGAUGAUAGGCAUUGCCCGUCGCAUCCUUGAGGCAAUGCUUAUGGAUACCAAACAUGGGAAGCUGACUCAUGAGGUUUUGACGACCUUUAUGGCAGAGGUCAUGGCUAUAAUGAAUUCAAGGCCACUGGUGCCUGUAUCUACAGAUGUUGAAGCACCAUUCGUUCUAUCGCCGCAGAUUCUACUGACACAGAAAACUCAUGAAGUACCAAGUGAAUUCCAGGAUCUCGAUGUCAAGGACAUGUACCGAAGUCAAUGA